AUGACACUCGCGGAGGAGUUUAAGUCGAGGAAUUUUAGCAUCUAUGGACAAUGGACUGGCGUUCUAUGCAUAAUCCUAUGUUUCGCACUAGGAAUUGCAAAUAUUUUCCAUAAAGUCAUACCAUUCAGCAUAAUUUGCCUAGCCUCGUCCUUUGUCAUAAUUUUCGUUGAAAUACCUCUUCUCUUGCGAAUUUGCCCGACGUCAUCUAAAUUCGAUGCCUUUAUCAAACGGUUCACGACGAACUACAUGCGAGCUCUGAUGUACAUCAUCCUCGCCGCUGUUCAAUGGCUGAGCUUAAUUAUAGGCCCGUCCAGCCUCAUCGCUGCUGCGGUCGUUCUCUCGAUAGCAGCCAUUUUUUAUGGGCUAGCUGGAGUUACAAACCAAGAAUUCAUGGGCAGCAAGACGCUUGGUGGUCAGGGCGUUGCGCAGAUGAUUGUUUUGGGAAUUUCCUACAGAUAUUUGCAUGCUGAGCACGCGAGCGCCGGUUCACCCCAGCAUCAAAUCUCAGCGUAUCACUUUGGCCUGCGUCAUGAGACCAAUAUUUCUUCGAAUUCCGCUAUUCACCACCUAGCCAAUGAGCUGGCUCAUGCCCAUCAGCAGCGUAGCGGUUAUCUAACUAGUGCCUUGCCACAUUGGCAAGAUUUACAUUUCCAAGUCUAG